GACUCCGCGGUGGUAGCAGCAAGGAGGUCCGCGACGUCGACGCGUCCCGCCGCACGAUCGGCAGCGAGCCAGUCCAACGCGACCAGUUCACGCGGGAAGGUGUCGUGCGCGUCUCUCGAAUCUCGAGUAUCGAAUCUCGAAUCUGUUCGCGUUCGCAAACGGCGACAUGCGAGCUCGGAAGCCUCGCUUCGCAGCCCGAGCCUAUCCACCGAACUUGGACCGACCGACAGCGAACGAUCACGCCUGCUCGUACCAAGAGAAACACGACUCUCUUGGAAAAUGUUUCGCUGUAGCCCCGUCGCAAGGUAAUCGGUAAGAGGCUGCGAUCGAGUCGUCCAAGAUGAAGUCGUUGGCGUUCGGUUGGAUCUUUCCGAGUUUGUUGAUCGCGGCCAGCGCAACAGGGGGCUUGAACCCAGAGGGAGUGAUAUGCGGCGAGAGUCGUUGCUCCACCCUCGAGUACUGCAAUCGCUACGUCAAGCACUGCAAACCAUGCUCGUCCAUUUGCGACGUGGACAGUUCGAAUUAUCAGCCGGUCGAGUGUCUGUCCGAUUGUCAAGAGUACCUACACGAUAAGCGAUACGUUCUUCUGGAGCAGUACGAAGAUCUGCGAGGACAAGUUGGAAAAUUAUGGAUCCUCGUCUCGAUAGCUAUCGCCGUGGCUGCUGUCUCGUUGCUGACCACCCUCUACCUGCUGACCAGAAAGCUGACGAGAUGGAACAAGUUGCGGGCUGUUCUUCGUCGUGCGUUUACCGGAAAUAAGAUACAGAGGACGAGCCAUCCUGGGAACGACAACGUCGGCAUCGCUGGCGGCUACAAUAACAACAACAACGCCGACAACAACAACAGGAAGAAGAACAAAGCUCAGGAUGACGUGGAAAGCGGUAUCGUGAAACAAAACGGACUGAGGCUGGCGAUGCCCACGAUCAGCGCCAGUGUAGCUCCCUCGCGAAUCUUGGGGAGCGGAAAUGGCAACGGACGCGGGAAUGGGAGUGGAAACGCGAAUGGGAAUGGUAGUGGAAGCGGAAACGGAAGCGGUAUCGAUAACGGCACGCCGAACACCACCAGUACCUCUCUAUCCGGAAGGCACCCCAGCGAAGACACCACCCUCGAUUACGCUUACGACAAUCCGGCGAUGACGCCGAGUCCCGAAUCCGUUCAAAUCAGGACGAAUCGCGAGAGUUCCUUUUGAAAAGGGAAAACCACGAGUCCGAGUGCCCGGUGUAUAGAGGGUGUUCCGUUCCUCGCGGGUCAUUUAUCGAUCGAAAUUGUACAUAGCGUAAUUUUAAGUACUUAAUCGCGCACCCUAUCGUGCGCGACUCAUCGCAGAUCCUUAUCAGUUGUUCCGUCCACGAAACGCCUUUCGAGCGAAGCUCCGGCAACGAGAUCGUGCUUCGCAUAGGUCAGCGAGGGUAAGCGCGAGACGGAUACCGAUACCCAGACCGAUACCGGUACCGAGGGACGAGGACAGACCGAUCGUUGCCUCGCGAACAAAGACUCAUAGACCAAGGAACGCGCGACGAAUUCGAUUCGAUGCGAUUCGAGUCGAGUUCGGUCGAUCGCCUUCGCGUUCUCUUAUACUGCGACCAAUUUGUUCGUUCGCGCGGUCUGUUCUUGUCGCCGAUCGAUUCGGAAUCGAACGCUCGCUCGCGCGACAACUCGCUGUCCUUAGAAUAAGUUCGCGUAAGUAACGUAAAUUCGGAUUCGCGUUAGAUUUAUUCUCGUAUCGUCGUCGUCGUCGUCGUUGUCGCGCCGAACCUGUUGACGAGAAUCAUCUCUUCGUUCGAUUUUUCUCUGUAGUCGUCGACGAAAAAUCGCUGUCUUCCAGGAACGAAGACAUCGGUGUACACGACUCGCAGAUUCGUAACCAAAAUCGCGAUCCGCCUUCGCGUUCUCGAUCAUCGGUUCGCAUCAACGCACGGCGGGAGAGAAAUUUUUUUAUCGUUGAUCGUCUCUGAACGGUUAUCGUUCAUUUCCAAGUGUAUGUCGCGUAAAUUUUACUCGCCAAUAAAUAAAUAAAACA